UAACGCAGAGGUGGUCCUGAGAAGAAAUCUAGGGCAGCGUGCACUCCAAAACAAGCACCAGGGGCCAGGCUUCACCCUUCCACACCACAGGCCCUGAUGACCACUUUUUUUUUUAAAGGGUUUCUAUUAGUGUAACUUCCUCCAUCUUAACCACUGAAGUAGAGGAGUGGUUUCCUUUGGCCUAGCCAAUGAAUUCUUCCCCUUCAACCCCUGAACACAAACCAGCAACCAGGGAGGAAGAGUUCCAGCCCUGUUCUGGGCCUCAGAUUCCUCAUGUUGUAAAAACUCCUCAGUGGUCUGCCUGGGGUAAGAUGACAGGUAUUUAAGUGCUUUGGAAUUUGCAAAGUUCUAACCAUUAGGCCAGCUGAUUAUAUCGCCUUAUCCAGUUUUAGUUUAGUUUUAGCAUCACCAACGUGGGAUAGAUAGAGCCAACCCGGGGCCUCGUGUGUGUCAUCUCCUUGUUCCACAGGCUGUAAUGUGGUUAUUUUCCAGUUCUGUCUACGGAGAUGAAGUUCCCCUGAAACAACAGCUCACAGAUGCACAGCCAGGCUGAAUUCUGUGGUAGGACUGGGAAUAUUAAGUUGUUUAAUCAAAUUGCUAGGAAACCCCCAGAGGCCGCAGCUAGGGUGGAAGGCAAGAGGAGCACCACGAUGACAGGUUGUCCAGUCUCAGAGGCUCCAGGGAGGGGAGAGCGAACUGCCUGGAGCCAAGCUGAGAGUGGAAGUGAGGCAAAAGCUCAGAUGAAACAGAACGUCCUCACCUCCUGACAGCCGGCUGCGUUUAUCCAGGUGAAACCAGCUUCAAGUACAAUCAAGGCCAAUCCGGGAAGAGAACUAGAUCACCCCACCAGGAAAUCCCAGGGCAAGUAAGGGUAGUGGCUUCUACGGCCAGGGACUUGACUUAUCCUAGAUCGGCUAUCAUAAACGUGCUGUGACGGCUGCCCUCCAAACUACACACUCAAUCACGGAGGCUGAGGAAGUUACACGAUUCGAGGACCUGAAGGCGUGGGAUUCGAACUCGAAGAUUAGGAAGUGGCUGCCUGAACUAUUUUCCAAAGGAUAAACAUUACAGACUGAACAUGGCAGCUCACUAAGAAGAUCGUAUUGAUUUGGGGGGAACACAAAUCCUAGCAACUACAAGGAAUGCUACUACUCAGAUGCCAACUGAAACAAGCCCCUCAGAAGGUUCAGUGUAGACUCUGUGCCGUGAUGGGGAAACUGCAGAGCAAACUCAAAUACAGCACUUACAAGUACAGCAGGUCUGAUGGGAUUAUAGAAGAAAGAAUACAAAGUAGAACUUCUCAAGAGUAUAUCCCUGCUCACAUGGAUGCUGUCUCUGUGGUCGCUGCUCUGAACUCAGACCUUUGUGUCUCUGGGGGAAAAGAUAAGACAGUUGUAGCCUAUAAUUGGAAAACCGGGAAUGUGGUGAAGAGGUUCAACGGACAUGAACGUGAAGUCACCAAGGUGGCCGUCGUUCCCAAAUCCACCCAGUUCUUCAGCGCCUCUCGAGACAGGAUGGUCAUGAUGUGGGACCUGCACGGCGCCUCACAGCCCACGCAGCAGCUGUGUGGCCAUGCCAUGGUGGUCACCGGAUUGGCUGUGAGCCCGGACUCAUCACAGCUAUGCACUGGCUCACGGGACAACACCCUGCUGCUGUGGGACGUGGGGACCGGGCAGUGUGUGGAGAGGGCGUCCGUCUCCAGGAACCUGGUCACCCAUCUGUGCUGGGUCCCCAGAGAGCCCUACAUACUGCAGAGCUCAGAAGACAAAACCCUCAGAUUGUGGGACAGUCGGGGGCUGCAGGUAGCUCAUACGUUCCCCACAAAGCAGCACAUUCAGACCCACUGUGAAGUCAGCGUGGAUGGAUACAAGUGCAUCUCCUGCAGCAAUGGCUUUGGGGGUGAAGGCUGUGAAGCCACACUGUGGGACUUAAGGCAGACAAGAAACAGAAUAUGCGAGUAUAAAGGACAUUUCCAGACAGUUGCAUCCUGUGUCUUUCUACCAAGAACAUCAACCCUCAUGCCUGUCAUUGCUACCUCAUCCCAUGACUCCAAGGUGAAGAUCUGGAACCAAGAUACUGGAGCCUGCCUUUUCACCUUGUCUCUGGAUGGAUCAGGACCUCUGACCUCCAUGGCGGUUGGUGACACCAGCUUCUUGUUGUGUGCAAGCUUCCACAGAGGAAUUCACUUGCUCAGAAUGAGCCACAGCCAGGCGCUGGAACUGCAGGAAGUGGCGGCAUUCUAAAGCCAAGAGACGCCCACUGGACAAUAGCAAACUGUGGCCCUCCUUCUUCUGUGUGGCUUUUGUUUUCCAUGUUGUCUCAGGGCAGUGGAACGAAGGGCUGGGGUUCUUUCUUAGGUGGAUCAGUGUGCAGUCAGUUUAAGUCCCAUGGUUCACACUCAGGUUGAGAAAAGGACAAAAGUAAUUUCUCCGAGUUAAAUCCA